UCGCCGUCACCAACCAUCUGACUGAUUCUGCCGACAACAUGGCUCCCACGUUGGAGUUCUUUGCUGUAGCUAUGUACUCGUUACUUGUAUUUAUGGCAAUAAUACCGUCGGCUGCAGCAAUUGACGGUGGCGAUGCAGUGGCGCUGCUACUCGGAAUGACCAUUACUGUGGUAGGCUUCUGUGCCUGCUUGGGGUGGUAUGCGCGGAAAAGAAAUGGACAGUUUUGAAUUCACCCAGCUGUGCUGGUACAAGGAACAUGGACCACUGGACUGCAACAGAACGUUCAGAAAAGGAGACCGCACCAUCAUCCACAAUGGAGAGGGAAAAGGAGAACCGAACACUUUUGAAAACCUAUUGUUACCUGCCCCGAACCUAGCACAAAUUGAACAGUGACGAUGGUCAUACUGUCCACAUCCACUGUAAACUACAACACGUGAACUGGCUGUAAAGCUUCGGCAGUGGACUGAAGAAUCACGAAUAGGCCUAGCUAUGCUCAAUUCAUGUUGACGGACCAAAGUGUAACCCUUUGCCUCGCUGUACGCUUGUCUCACAUUUGUGUUCAGAUAGUCACAUCACAACCCUGUAAUAUAGGUCAUGUUUCAGACUUAAAUUUUUGUGCCUGGCACCUUAAACUUUUGUCUCUGACAGGGUUGCUUUUCUAUGCAAAAUCUUGCUCUUACAGAACGAGCUGUGCGUAAUUGUUGAGUGAAUAAUGUGUGCUACUGUAUUUCUGUAAUAAAAUUGUACAACUGCUGUCA